AUGGAGGAAGAAACGUUGAACAUUCGGAUGCCCGUCAUCUUCGACGAGUCCAUAGCGCACUGCGAGACGCCUGCGCACCAACCUUACGCCUCGUCAACGUUCAACAACAACGACGAGAUUCGAAUCUCCGUUCAACACCAAGAGCUGUUCUUACUACCAAGCAGAAGUUCGUUACAUGUAUACGGGAAGCUGGUUCAGAAAGAUGGGUCUACGGUGACUGCUAGUACGGUUCUGGUCAAUAACGCCAUCUGUCAUCUCUUCGAGGAAAUUCGCUAUGAAAUGAACUCCAUCGAGAUCGAUCGAAACAAGAACGUUGAUCUCACGAGUCUCAUGAAGGGCUACCUUUCCCUAACACGCGGUGAACGCGCAUUGAUGGAAAACGCCGGUUGGUUCACCGAGCAAACGAAAUUGACCGAUGCAGCCGGUUACUUUGACGUAUCCAUACCGCUGAGCAUGAUACUGGGAUUCGCGGAGGAUUAUCGGAAGAUCGUCGUCAACGCUAAACACGAAUUGAUUCUGACGAGGGCCAAGAGCGACGCCAAUGCGAUCGUGCAAACUGCUACGGAGGAAUACAAAGUCGUAAUUCAGAAGUUGGAGUGGCUGAUACCGUACGUGAGAGUCUCGGAUCGACGAAAGAUAGAAUUGUUGAAGUUCAUCGAGAAAGAUGCACCCAUAUCCAUGAGCUUUCGUACCUGGGAGUUGUACGAGUAUCCUCUUCUCCCCACCACUUCGAAACACACGAACAGAAUUAAUAAGAACGACAAGAACGCAAGUCACUUCGAUCACUGUAACGUCAGAGACGUUAAACUCUUUUUGAAUUCACAAUGUUACCCUUAUGGAAGUUUGAACCUUGACAUUGCUCGCAAUCAGUUUGCUCUACUGUAUGAGAUGUACGCAAACUUUCAAGCGUCGUAUUACGGUAAAGACCCUGAGCCGCUGUUAAAGAGAAAUGAAUUUUUGGAGCAUGCACCUCUGAUAGUCAUCGAUUGCUCGAAACAAAACGAGUCCCUCAAGUUCGGACCGAUUAUCUUACUUGCAUGCGUUCUCUGUUCCGUCGCUUAG